AUUCUAUUAAGAACUGCAACCACCAAAAAUGGCUUUCCCACUUCCCCUUCCCUGCUUCAUUACUGUCCGACAUACAGUAUACCUUACUUAUGUAUUAUGUCCAUUGUCUUCACCACUCCUAUCUCAGCUUUUAAAGGCAAGGAGUUUUUGGUCUGUUUUAUUCACUACUGUAUCCUUAGAAUCUAGGACAACAUCUAGCACACAGGCACUCGAUGAGUUAUUUGUUGAAUGAACGCCCUAAAUAAAAGUAGCAGUAUUUAAACAAUUAAAAACCCCAUCAGGAAAUCAAAACACUUCUGUGGGCCGAUUGUGGCCGGCGGGAAGCCAGUUUCAGAGCCCCAAGCAGAUUACUGAACGUUCCGGUUUCCGCAAAGGGCUCAGAGGUAUAAACGGGACCCGAGGCCCCACCCACUGUUAGGCUCCGCCCAACUGCGUCGACGCGCAUACAAUGGCGUCACUUGGAGCGACCCAGGCAUGCGCAUUCCACCAGUAGACCGGGGAAGACACACGCGCGACCCGGAAGGCCUCGCCGCAACACUCCAAAGCGGGUGUGAGGGGGGGCCGAUGGCGGAGGGAGCGGUGGAAGCCCCAGCAGAGAGUGGCGGCGGUGGCGAGCCAGGAGCCAUCGAGCCGGAACGGGGAGUAGCGUCCAUUAAACUUCAAUACCUAACCACCAAGGAGCACUUCCAUGAAUUCCUGGAAGCCAAAGGGCAGGAGAAGCCCAGCCAGGAAACCGAGGCUGGAGACCCUGCUGGCAAUGACCUGGAUGAGCCUGAGGCCAAGCGGAUCCGGCUGGAGGAUGGGCAGACAGAGGACAGGCAGACAGAGGAGGCUGUUGAGCCUGGGGAGCAGCCACAGGCCCAGAAGAGGGCCCGGGGUCAGAACAAAUGCCGGCCCCAUGUGAAGCCCACCCACUAUGACAAGAACAAGCUCUGCCCCUCCCUGGUCCAGGUGAAGAAACUGAGGUUUGGUGAGGUUACUGACUUGUCUGAGGACACACAGUCAGGAGGGGAGAGAGCUGAGGUUCAAACCCAGGCUGCCUGGCUGCCUCAGCAUCUCCCUGUCCUCCCUCAUUGCCUCCCUGUUUCCCUGCAGGAAUCCGCCGCUAAGUGUUUCUAUGGCGACCGCUGCCGCUUCCUGCACGACGUGGGCCGCUACCUGGAGACCAAGCCAGCUGACCUGGGCCCCCACUGUGUGCUCUUUGAGACCUUCGGCAGGUGCCCCUAUGGUGUGACCUGCCGCUUUGCCGGGGCCCAUCUGGGGCCCGAGGGCCAGAAUCUGGUGAAGGAGGGGUUGGUCCAGGCCCCGCCCAUCCGCAAUGGCCUGGACAAGGUCCUGCAGCAGCAACUGCGAAAGCGCAAGAUCCACUUCAAGCGUGCAGAGCAGGCCCUGCGCCAGCUGAGCAAGGGCCAGCUGCCAGGCCCCACUCCCAAAGCCACUGUCCCCGAGGUCAUGGAGGCUGAGGGUGCCCCAGGGCAGGACAACUGUGACGCCCAGCAGGCCCCCCAGGGGCCGGGCACCGUUCCCCCUCCCAGGGGCCCUUUAAGGACCUGCGGGCCCCUGACAGAUGAGGAUGUAGUCAGGUUGCAGCCCUGUGAGAAGAAGCGGCUGGACAUCAGUGGCAAACUGUACCUUGCUCCCCUCACCACGUGCGGGAACCUGCCCUUCCGGCGGGUCUGUAAGCGCUUUGGGGCAGAUGUGACGUGCGGGGAGAUGGCUGUGUGCAUCAACCUGCUGCAGGGCCAGACGUCUGAGUGGGCCCUGCUCAAACGCCACCCCUGCGAGGAUGUCUUCGGUGUCCAGCUUGAGGGCGCCUUUCCCGACACCAUGACCAAGUGUGCCGAGCUGCUGAACCGCACCAUCGAGGUGGAUUUCGUGGACAUCAACGUCGGCUGCCCCAUCGACCUCGUGUACAAGAAGGGCGGGGGCUGCGCCCUCAUGAACCGCUCAGCCAAGUUCCAGCAGAUCGUCCGCGGCAUGAACCAGGUGCUGGACGUGCCACUGACCGUGAAGCUCCGCACGGGUAUCCAUGAGCGCACGAAUCUGGCCCACCGGCUGCUGCCCGAGCUGCGGGACUGGGGGGCUGCGCUGGUCACGCUCCACGGCCGCUCGCGGGAGCAGCGCUACACCAAGCUGGCCGACUGGCGGUACAUCGAGCAGUGCGUGACAGCAGCCAGCCCCAUGCCCCUUUUCGGAAACGGGGACAUCUUGUCGUACGAGGACGCCAACCGCGCCAUGCAGACUGGCGUCGCUGGGAUCAUGAUCGCCCGUGGCGCCCUGCUCAAGCCGUGGCUGUUCACGGAGAUCAAGGAGCAGCGGCAUUGGGACAUCUCGUCGUCUGAGCGCCUGGACAUCCUGCGGGACUUCGCACACUACGGCCUGGAGCACUGGGGCUCGGACACGCAGGGCGUGGAGAAGACACGCCGCUUCCUCCUUGAGUGGCUCUCCUUCCUGUGCAGGUACGUGCCCGUGGGCCUGCUGGAGCGGCUCCCGCAGAGGAUCAAUGAGCGGCCGCCCUACUACCUGGGCCGCGACUACCUGGAGACGCUCAUGGCCAGCCAGAAGGCGGCCGACUGGAUCCGCAUCAGUGAGAUGCUGCUGGGACCCGUGCCACCCAAUUUCGUCUUCCUGCCCAAGCACAAGGCCAACGCCUACAAGUAGCUGCAGGGGUGGGCGGGGGUGUCUGAGCGCCCAGCGGGCUCCCCAAGGAAUGAAAAGGCAAUAAAUUUUAUUCUUUUAAAACCCA